GAACAAGCAAAGAACUCUCAUGAUAAACCCGCGCAGAUUGUGCAAGAUGCAAUCAUGAGCAGCCCCCAAAAUGUGUAUCCAUAUCUCCCGUCCUCCAAUUCGAUUCGUCAAACAAUUCACCGGGUUCGACAUAUUGAUCUCUCUACUGAACCUUCAUCUUUGGAAAAUUUGUUCAUUCCCGAAAACAUGAAAACAAUAUUGAAUGGUCUCGAAUUUUUGAUUAGUGAUUCUGUUGUAGGUCAAGGUCGAAUAUUAGUAUUUACAACCGUUGACAACGUGCGGCAUCUUAGUCGAUCUCGUUUCUGGCUUAUGGAUGGGACCUUUAAAACGGUCCCAACUUUUUUUAGACAACUGUACACAAUCCAUGGAUGUGUCGGCGGAAAUGAAAAUUCAAGGGUUAUGCCUUUAGUUUUUGCCUUGAUGUCAAGUAAAUCUGAGGAAUUUUAUAGAAGGUUAUUUCAGAGAUUGAUUGAUUUCGGUGAAGAAUAUGGUAUUUAUUUGAGUCCACAAGUGGUUUUGACUGAUUUCGAAAUGGCCGCUAUAAGCGCUAUUCAAUUAGAGUUUGAAGAAGUUCAAU